CACUGAAAGAAACAAGAGUUAAGGAAGUCGGGACAAAAGGAAUCAAGUUUCAGUAUAGCUUAACGCUCCUGAGAGAACUUGACUGAAAGGAAAACCUCCACUGUUCGUUUUCCCACUCUGUGAAAAGAGAAAAAGUUAAAGAUUAAGAGUGGUCAUGCUGCUAGUGUAAGCUGGCUAGGGGUUUAAUGUGUCCCCGUGAUGGCAGUUUCAGCAAAUAUCAAGCCAGGAGCUGGACACUGUGCGAGUGAAGGGAGGCUAUCUUGGCCAGUUUUCCUGCUGACCCUAGCUGCCGUCACCUCCUCUACUCUCUCGGCUCUCUCCCUUUACCAGUUAAAGACUCUGGGAGAUGAAGUAGAGACUCUCAAGACAGACAUCAGCCGGACGAGAGAAGAGUGGCAAAAGGUCAGCCCCAGAGGUCAGAGUGAAAACAUCCAUGGAAGAGAAAAAAACCAAGAGCUACGAGAUCUACCAGAGUCUCAACAUGCUGUUAGUCAAAUAAGAAGAAAAAGAAACGUCGCUGAAUCAGGGAUGUUAGGUUCUCGGUCCUGCCUGCAGCUUCUGGCAAACAACAGCAGACAACCAUUCAGAAAGGACCUGCCCUCAGGUCUGUACACCGGUAUCCCCUGGCAAGCUGGGCUGAGGACAGGCUCAGCCCUGGAGGCAGAAGAUGACCGUAUUGCAGUGAAGGAGGCUGGCUUUUACUUUGUCUACAGUCAGGUCUACUACAUGGACAGCACAUUUACAAUGGGCCAUGUGGUGAUCCGGCGGAAGAGGUAUGUAGUGGGAAAUGAGGAUCAGGAUGUGCAUUUGUUCCGCUGCAUCCAAAGCAUGAACCCCGAUUAUGCUUUCAACACCUGCUAUACGGGAGGAAUUGUAAAGCUGGAGAAGGGAGACUACUUGGAACUUCUGAUUCCUCGGUCUAUGGCCAACAUUUCCAUGGAAGGAGACUCUACCUUCUUGGGUGCUUUCAAGCUCGCUUAAAGUGUAUGAUCUGAGACUGCAGCUAAAAGAACAAUGCUCCACAUGACAUGUAUUUGGAGGGAGAAAUGCAGUUAUUGGGCACUUUCUGUUGAACAAAAAAAAUCCAGCAAGAGGCACCAACUUUAUGGCUGAAUGCUAUAUUGCAUCUUUCAUACAGUAUGUUAUACAGUAGGAUCUAAUGUGAAACAGACAAUACUGAGGCUUUAAUGAUGUUCAAUUUAUCUCAUUUAAAUUCAAAGCAUGCAGAAUUAUUUUCUUCAUAUAAUCGCACACUUAGCAGUCAGAACUUGUAAGCCUUUUUUUUCCAACUCAUUUUGCAGGCAGUAAAAACAAAAAUCAUAUAAGUCAUUUUGGGCAAGAUUACUAUAGCACCAAAUAGCUGUCUUUGUAUUUUCUUAAAAGCAGAUUAUCAUUGUGAUGGCCUCAUUUAUACAGAUCUGUAGCUUAUGAAAACAAAAGAUAAAAUAAAAUAAAAAAAAAUGUGUCGAAUGUCAGUGUAGGAUAAGAUUGCUAUUCCAUUUUUUAUUUUUUUUUUUUGUCCACAGGAAGUAAAGAUGUUUGUGUGAAAGAACAAGACAGGGACAUCAAGAUAAGGUGAAGCGGGAACAGUGGAAAUCAAGUAUAUGAGAAUAUUUUUAGCUUCAAGAGAAACUGCAGGCAGGUGGUGUCAGCAGUUUCAAAGACGCCUAUUAAUGACUUUGUCAAGCCUGAAAAUUCUAAAAGAAAUGAUCCUCCUGUCAAAAAUCUCAAGUUUAUAACAAAGAUUCAAAAUCAACAUUAUUGCACAAUGUCUAAAAGGAGCUCCAUUCAGUGUAAGCCGCCUAAAAUUUUAAGGUGUUAGAGGUAUCUUCAUAAAAAAACAAAUCCCAUCUGAGAUCAAGCUUCAUCUUUGGAGUGACCAAGAGCUGCUGAUCUGUUUACCUUACAGUCUGUAAAGGAAAGUUUUGGUGAAGCAAGUCCAAGAGAUGUGAUGGAGCAAAAGCAUUGAGGUAUCAAAAAAAUAAAAGGUACAAGAUCAAUAUUAAUUCUGUAGCACACUGAAAUUGCGGGUGAAAGCAUUCCAGCAAGUGAGUUAUUUCUGUGAUAAAGUUAAAAGGCAGACAGAAGUACUUCGGACAAUAUUCGGACAAGGCAGAAGAUGGCAGCUUUUCUGACCCCAAAAAAUUGUUUUAUUUUUUCCAAUUGAAGAAAUCUAGAAUUUACUACACAGCUGACCUGUGUGUCAAAUGCAAGGUUGAACUCUAAUUUCACCUUGAGAUUGGUGGCAGUGUAUUUUAAAUAUAAAGUCUAAGAUUCAAAGAAUACAUGGUGGGAAACAGAAGGUGCACUGAUGUGGGAUAAUAUAACUUCAGUCUUUUUACCACUAAAGCCAAAAGAAAUCGAUCUAAGCUUUCUCUUCAUUAAAAUUUUCUAACAGGAUUAAUAGAGUGAGCAAUCUGUUAGUUAUCCACAGCAAAACGAAAAUCCAAAGGUGUUUGUCAUUCAAACAUCAGCAUUGAGUUGACAUUGUACAUAAGAAUAGUCAGUAACAGGGCAAUCAUGAACAAAAUUGUCAGAGGCAGAUGGCCAGCCACAUACAACAAUGCCAUCUUGUACCACAAUACUUCAAAUAUUACAGAAUCUUAAUCACUUAAAAAAUAAUAAUAAUAAAUUCACAAGAAAUGCAGAAAAUUUUACUUUUAUUUUGGGUAGAUAUUAUUUUUCAUUUGUAUUUAAAUGUUCUUUACCUGGCAAAAUUAUUUGGAAAAUAAAGAUCCAUCCAAGAAGUUACCAUAUUCUUCCCCUUUCUCACACACUAAUUCUGUCCAUUAGGCAUAAGAAAGUCCUAUUGGUAAUCUCUG